AUGACAAGCUACUUUGCGAAUCCGGGGACGCCUUCUAAUGAUGGCUCGAAUGCCACGUCUCCUACGACCGGCGCUGCCAACGUCGCUCCUCGCUCCAGCGCGCUCUCCCAUAGAUUGACAACUGUUCUUUCCGCGUCAUACGCCGACUCCGAUAUCCGAGAUGCAUUGGAAACUCUGGACAUCAGGGGCACGCGCAAUACCCCGGAGACCCGGCGACAACUGCGGCUAGAUGUGCAGAAGGAGGUGAUCAACUGCAAUGGGGAGAUUGUGCAGGACUUUGGCAAGGUGGCGGAGCAACUGAAACGCAUUGGCACCGUGAUCGUUAGCCUACAGCAGACAUGCGAGGAAAUGCGGAAGCAUAUUACGCUUGCAAAGCAGGAGACGGGGCCGGUCCUCGACGAAGCAUCGACGCUCAUGGAACAGAAAAAGGAGGCCGAAACGAAACAGCGCCUCCUCGAUGCCUUCACCGAACACUUCAUCAUUCCGGACGAAGACAUUGUCGCUCUGACAUCCUCUGCAGAACCGGUGGACGACCGCUUCUUCACCGUGCUGAGUCGGGUAAAGCAAGUACACCAUGAUUGCGAAGUCUUGCUUGGCGGGGAGAACCAGAGGCUCGGGUUGGGGAUUAUGGAGCAGAGCUCGAAACAUCUCAAUGCGGCCUAUCAGAAAUUGUACAAAUGGAUACAGAAGGAGUUCAAGUCCCUGAAUCUCGAAGACCCCCAGAUCAACAGCUCGAUCAGGCGAGCUCUGCGGGUCCUGGCCGAGCGACCCAGCUUGUUCCACAGCUGUCUCGACUUCUUUGCUGAAGCGCGCGAGUAUAUCCUCUCCGACGCCUUCCACUACGCCCUCACAGAUGCAGCCUCUGCAGGAGCCGAGCGGAAUGUUAAGCCUAUUGAAUUUUCUGCUCAUGAUCCCCUGCGGUAUGUCGGAGAUAUGCUCGCCUGGGUGCACUCGGCUGCGGUGUCUGAGCGUGAGGCGCUGGAAGCUCUCUUUGUGGCUGAAGGCGACGAACUCGCGCGGGGCAUCCAAGCUGGCUUCAGCAGUGAGCCGUGGUCUCGCAUUGACGGGGAAGAAGUGGCCUUUGAUGGACAGAAGGCCCUCAACGACCUCGUCAACCGUGAUCUGAGCGCUGUUUCACGGUCUCUCCGCCAGCGGGUCGAACUUGUCAUACAGGGCCAUGAAGACGCCGUCACUGUCUACAAAGUCGCCAAUCUGCUAUCCUUCUACGAGACGACAUUCUCCAAGUUGGUCGGGCCCGACUCGACUUUGGUCGAAGUGAUCACUUCCCUGAUGAAAUAUACUUUUGGCCAUUUCGAGACGCUUAUGCAGGAUCAAAUCAACAUGAAUUCGUCAGAUCCGUCAAGCUCAACUCCGCCGGCAGACCUUUCCGUUCCUCAGUUCUUCACAGACGCACUGGAAAUUCUGACCUCCUUGAUGAAGGCCUAUGACGCCUCCUUCCGAGACGAAGGGAAAUCCUAUUCGGACCAGCAAGAGAAUGCUUUUACCCCAGUCCUCCGUUCUGCUCUCGACCCAUUCCUGGAUCUCGCAAGGUCUUCUGCCAAGGAGCUCCACGACCCGAAGUCAUCCACCAUCUAUGAGACCAACAUUCUCCUGGCGGUUCGCUCCACGCUCUCGCCAUUCCCUUUUGCCUCCGCCACCCAUAUGGGCUCUGUGUCCACGGCCCUGUCCAACUUGCGGAUGGAGCUCUUGGAUAUCCAGCGAAAGUUCCUGCUCGAGACAUCCGGUCUACAAGACCUCCUCACAGCCCUGGAGCCUUUCUCCCAGCAGCCCCAGAAGAACCAGGAUUCCUCAUCAACCAAACAGACACCACCAAACCUCGCAGAGAUCGCCGACCUCCCGGCCUUCCAACCAGAUGCCCUCUCAGCCACAAGCCAGCAAUUAGACGACUUCCUCCCCUCGGCCCUAGUAGACGCAACCGACAACCUCAAGGGAGUACGCAGCCCUUCGCUAGUGAAAAGCGUCACGGAGGAAGCCGUCGAGGCCUUCUGCCGAGACUUCGAGUUCGUCGAAGGCAUGAUCAUCGGCGCGGACGAGGCCCGGGGCACGAAAGUGGAUCUCAACCGCAUCGAGAGGGACAGCGACGUCGUCUCCAGCGUGCGGGGUAGUGUACUUGGAGGAGGAGGAGGAGGUGGUGGUGGUGGUGACGAAGGAGGAGAGGAGGGUGAAGGAGGAGGAGGAAAGCAUAGUCUAAGAGCGCUCUUCCCUCGAACGGUGGGGGAGAUUCGGGUUUUGUUAAGUUAG